AUGUCUGAUUGGGAAGGAUCUGAGGACGAGAAGCCUGCGAAGCAACCGAUCGUCGUGAAGAAGGCAAAGAAAUGGGAGGGCGAAGACGAGGAAGAAAGCGAGCCUGCAAGUGACUGGGAAGAAUCCUCAGAAGAGGAAGAGGAGAAGCCAGCUGCUGCACCAGUCGCUCCGCCAAAGAAGAAAGGUACAUUGAAAGCGAAAUUGGCUGAGAAGGAGGCUGCGAAGGCUGCCAGAAUAGCUGCUGGAGAGGAUGAUGAUGUCGACUACGACGAAGAUGAGGUUUUGGAUCCCCGAGAGAAAGCUAGGAGGGACAAAGAACGCGAGGUUAAUGCUGAUUUGAAUAAUGCUGCAGAACUAUUCGGAGCCGCUGCUUUGGGAGGUACUUCAUCUGCGGAACUUGACUCUAUCAUUUCGUUCCAACCACGCACAAAGGAGGAUUUCCACACCCUUUCUUCCCGCAUCAUCGAGUAUACCAUCAAACGACAUCAGAACAAGCCUCUUUACGCAGCAUUCGUGGAGCAUCAUGUACGGCAGUUGGCGAUGCCAUUGAAGGAUGUGGAGAUACGGAAGGCCGCGAGUGGACUGACCACGCUGGCGAACGAGAAACAGAAGGAGCAAAGGGAGAAAGCUAGCGGGAAGAAAAAACCGAAAGCUGCCACUAAACCGGCACUCGGAGCGGCGAAGGCUUCGAAUAGGCUUGAUACUAAUCUAUAUGACGAGUCACUGGAUGAUUUUGGGACCAACCCAGAUGAUUUCAUGUAG